UAAUUUCGCGUGAAUCUCUAAUUGUUCGCCUGGUGGACUAAUUUAGUCUGUGUGACGAGGCGAGAAAAAAAUGAGCUGGUACUGUUUAUUUUUGUAGUUUUCGUUUUUGUAGUUAUACAACUCAAACCCAUUUAUCAAAUGGAGAUUGAUCCGUUCAUGAACUCUAAUGGUGGAUUUAAAACAUCGUAACAGUCUGACUUCUUCCUUAGCUAGUUAGCCUAGCUAACUACUUAUUCCACACAGUGCUUGCUAGCCAGCAAGCUGAUGACGUUUAUUAGCUAGCUAGCGUUGGCUGGUUGAAGAUCUGGGAAUUUUUGGUAUGAUUUCUAAAGUCAAGUAGCUAUUUACUAAUUGGGAAGUUAAAUUGUAUGUAAACUUCGAGUAUGGCACCGUUCAAUGUCAAUUGAGAGUAAUUGGCAGGUUGCUAGUAAGUUAUCUAACGUUAGCUACGUUAACGUUAGCUCAACUAUUCUUAUCUAAUCAGAAACAAGGUAACUUCAGCAAAGUCCAUAGCAAGGUAGGAAAGUUGCUCCAUCAAGUGUUUUGAACAGUGAGACCAUAAAAGGUUCAUUUAAACCAUUAAUUAGCAUUGAUAAAUCAGAUUAUUUCCCGGAUGAAUCUUCACUGUAGAGAGUGGAUGUUGUCUGGUUCUGCUGAUUUAGUUUGUUAUUCUUGGCACUGCUAAUUUUAAAAUAAAAGGCCAGCACGUGAGCAGCUGCGGGUCAGACAAUCUUACUCAUCGGCCCUUGCUCAAGACUAACAGACCACACAAUGAAUCGCUAUCUGCCAGUUGCACGACAGCACUUCUUUGGCGCAUUAGCCAAUACGAGCGUUGUGGUGAAGUCCAUAAGUGCCAUAGUGCUCCUUCUGUACCUGCUCUCAUGGGCAGUUGACACUCCAUAUGCCCUGGGCGUGACACCUGGCUACCUCUUCCCCCCUAACUUCUGGAUCUGGACCCUGGUGACCCAUGCCGAAGUUGUACACAGAUACCAACACGGACCCAUCGCUCCCCCGGGCCCACCCGCAUAUGUCCAUUGAAACGUUAAUGCAAUGUAUAAACAUAUUGGUUGGACUCUCCCUACCUACCACUUCACGUCUCUCCUGAAUAAAGUAUUGAAUGGGU